GACUAAGCAAAUGUUUGAUUUGAAACCAGCCCAGUAUAAAUGUCUCUGUGCCUCUAACUCUCUGUAGCUAUUCCUGGAUUUCAGCACUGGGAAAGUAACCUAUGCACCAAAAUGUCUAAAACUGGAACCAAGAUUACUUUCUAUGAAGACAAACAUUUUCAAGGCCGCCACUAUGACUGUGAUAGCGACUGUGCGGAUUUCCACAUGUACCUGAGUCGCUGCAACUCCGUUAGAGUGGAAGGAGGCACGUGGGCUGUGUAUGAAAGGCCCAACUUUGCUGGGUACGUGUACAUCUUACCUCAGGGCGAGUACCCUGACUACCAGCACUGGAUGGGCCUGAACGACCGCCUCAGCUCCUGCAGAGCUGUUCAUCUGUCCAGUGGAGGCCAGUAUAAGAUCCAGAUCUUUGAGAAAGGGGAUUUUAAUGGUCAGAUGUAUGAAACCACUGAAGAUUGCCCUUCCAUCAUGGAACAGUUUCACAUGCGAGAGGUCCACUCCUGUAAGGUGCCGGAGGGUGUCUGGAUUUUCUACGAGCUACCCAACUACCGUGGCAGGCAGUACCUCCUGGACAAGAAGGAGUACCGGAAGCCCAUUGAGUGGGGUGCAACUUCCCCAGCCAUUCAGUCUUUCCGCCGCAUUGUGGAGUAAUGACACGGAACCGUUAGCUUCUUCCCAGGAGCCGUAUGCUGGCUGGCACUGUUCAAAUAGGCAUCAUAAAUAAACAAUUGGCAUGCAUUCCA